AUUGAGAAGUGAAGUGUGGAAGAGAUUGCCAGAACAAGAAUUGUGUUUGACGGUGAUACAUACUGAGAGAACUCUGCAGGCAUGCUUAACCCUUUCGUCGAAUCCGCUGCAGCAACAGCGCCCCAUUUAUCUUCACUGAAGCUAUCUCCUCCUCAUGCCGAUCCAGCUCAAAACGGAAGCUUUUCGCAGGCAGGAACCUAUAUGUCUCAUCCUGGCAUGACUAGGGAUUUUCUACAGCAUUCGUCCAUGUUCCCACCACAUUCGCACAUGGAGGGCCUAACGUCGCAUCAUCACUUACUGCCCUCGCUAGACUCAACGCCGAGGCUACCAGCUUUACAUGGAGAUGUAGUAUAUUCUCGUGAUCAAUUUGGACACUCUGGGUACCCAAUGAUGCAACAUCACAUGAAUCCCCAUGUCCAGCCAAACUUUUUCCGUUAUAUGAGAGGCGGUCCAGCUAUGAAGCAGGAACAUACAUGCCUUUGGAUUGACCCUGAAGGAGAUUCGAAAAAGCCUUGUAAUAAAACAUUUGGAACAAUGCACGAGAUAGUUAGUCAUAUUACUAUGGAGCAUGUUGGAGGACCAGAGCAAACAAAUCAUGCUUGCUUUUGGCAAAACUGCCCAAGAGAGGGAAGAGCCUUCAAAGCCAAAUAUAAGUUGGUAAACCAUAUUCGAGUUCAUACUGGUGAGAAGCCGUUUCCAUGCCCUUUUCCGGGCUGCGGAAAAGUGUUUGCCCGCUCUGAGAAUCUAAAAAUACAUAAGAGAACGCAUACAGGAGAGAAGCCGUUCAAGUGCGAAUUUGAAGGAUGCGAUAGACGAUUUGCCAAUAGCUCUGAUCGUAAGAAGCAUUCUCACGUACAUACAUCGGAUAAGCCAUACCUUUGUAAAAUUCGCGGUUGCGAUAAGUCGUACACUCAUCCAAGCUCUCUAAGAAAGCAUAUGAAGAUUCACUGCAAAGGCGAUGACCAAUUGGAGAUGGAUAACAGUUUUGAUUCUCACGAUGGCGGUGAGACCCCUGAAAGUCAUGAGACAUCUAGUUCUGGUAACAACAAUUCACAACUGCAAUCUCCACCACCACCACCGCAACAGCCUCAGCCCCCUCCCCCUCCUCCUCAGCAGAACAAUCAUCAUCCUAGCCUAACACAACAACCAAAUUUGAGUGAAUGGUACACUUGUCAAAGCGUCAUGGGCGUCCCCUCCAACGACCCAACGCCUUUAUGCCCGCCAUUAGGGCAUAUUCCUUUGCACCACGCCGUAGCUCAAUACUAAUGUUUUUGUUCUGCAUUAUAAAAGGCGGCGCCUUUUGAAAACUACUGCCAAGCACUAAUUAAGAGCGGAUCUAGGGGUACGCGAAUAGUCAUUUUUUUGUUUGUUAUUUCAGAACGUCCCUUGUGCAGGGGUAAAUCUUUUGCUAUAUAUUACAUGUUAAUUGUAUAUGUAUAAAGUGUAUAUUUAUUAUUUAUGUGUCUUUUUGAAUACAGUGA